CUUAUCCCGGCUUUCCCGAUCCCGGCUUUCCCGAUCCCGGCUUUCCCGAUCCCGGCCAUGCUCCGCUGCCUCCUCCAAAGGGCUUCCCAACUUCCCAACCUGGAAAAGCGGGAUAAACAAAGCGAUCCCGUGGCCAGCCUGACAUUCCGAGGUGUCAAGAAGAGGACAAAGGUCAUCAAGAACAACGUCAAUCCUGUCUGGAAUGAGGGAUUCGAGUGGGAUCUGAAGGGAAUCCCGCUGGAUCCCGAUGCCGAGCUCACCGUGGUGGUCAAGGACCAUGAAACCGUGGGAAGAAACAGGUUUUUGGGAGAAUCCCGGGUGCCGCUCCGGGAUGUUCUGGGCACUCCCAGCCUGGCGGCCUCGUUCAGCCUCCCCCUGCUGGACUCGCGCAAGGAGAGCACCGGGGCUUCCCUGUUCCUGCAGGUGUCCUACAUCCCCCCUCCGGGCGCUAUCCCACUUUUCCCGCCUCCCGCCCCUCCGGAGCCGGCCCCGGCUGCUGCCGAGCUGGACACGGUCACCGAGACGGCCGGAGAGGAGGACACGGAAGAUCCGGAGGCCACGGGGGACACGGAGCCCUCGGCAUCCUCGGGAGCACCGGGCUCGGAGGCGCCCUCAUUCCCAAAGAAACCGCCUGGGAAUCACAUCCAGGGGGUGAAGAGGAGGAGGAGGAGCUCUCCCAAAAAACCGUUAUCCAACAAACCGCAGGACUUCCAGAUCCGGGUGAGGGUCAUUGAGGCCCGGCAGCUUCCUGGGAUCCAGAUCCGGCCGGUGGUGAAGGUGACGGUGGCCGGACAAACGCGGAGAACGCGGAUCCGGAAAGGGAACAGCCCCUUCUUCGAUGAGACUUUUUUCUUCAAUGUUUUCGACUCCCCGUCGGAGCUGUUUGAUGCUCCCAUUUUCCUCACAGUUGUGGAUUCUCGAUCGUUCCGCACGGAUUCAGUGAUUGGGGAAUUCCGGAUGGAUGUGGAGACCGUUUACUCCGAGCCAAAACAUGCUUUCCGCAGGAAGUGGCUGCUCCUCUCAGAUCCGGAGGAUUUUUCCUCGGGAGCCAAGGGCUACCUGAAGGUUAGCGCCUGCGUGCUGGGGCCUGGAGACGAAGCUCCCCUGGAGAAGAAGGAGGCGGCGGAGGACAAGGAGGACAUCGAGGCCAAUCUGCUGCGCCCCACCGGGGUCACCCUCAGGGGGGCCCAGUUCUGCCUCAAGAUCUUCAAAGCCGAGGAUUUGCCCCAGAUGGAUGACGCUGUCAUGGACAACGUCCGGCAGAUCUUCGGCUUCGAGAGCAACAAGAAGAACCUGGUGGAUCCCUUUGUGGAAGUCAGCUUUGCCGGGAAAACGCUGUACUCCCGGAUCCUGGAGAAAAACGCCAACCCCCAGUGGAACCAGUGCCUGACGCUGCCGGCCAUGUUCCCUUCCAUGUGCGAGCGGAUGAGGAUCCGUGUGACCGACUGGGACCGUCUGACGCACAAUGACGUCAUCGGCACCGCUUUCCUCGGAAUGUCCAAGAUUUCGGCCCCCGGCGGGGAGCUGGAGGAUGAGUUUCCUGCUCCUGUGAAGCCUCUGAAACCCUCGGACCUGGAUGAUGGGCUGGGAUUCCUGCCGACCUUCGGGCCCUGCUACAUCAACCUGUACGGCAGCCCCCGGGAAUUCACCGGAUUUCCCGAUCCCUACGAGACGCUCAAUUUGGGAAAGGGCGAGGGGGUCGCCUAUCGGGGCCGGAUCCUGGUGGAGCUGGAGACCAAACUGGUGGAGCACAUGGAGCAGAAGGUGGAGGAGAUUCCUGCCGAUGACAUCCUGAGGGUGGAGGUAUUGGAAUUUCUGGAAAAUCUCUGGAAUUGGCACGUGGGAUGCUAUGGAGGGGAUGUCAGCCAUGGGUGGGGGUUUUCCCAUGGGGUCCAGGGGAAGCCAGAGGUUGUGUCCAGGGGUGGAUCCCGUUAUCCCGAGGUGACACCGUGCUGUCCCCCAGGUUGUCACUACUAUUACCUGCCCUGGGGGAAUGUGAAGCCGGUGGUGGUGCUCUCCUCCUACUGGGAGGACAUCAGCCACCGGAUGGACGCCCAGAACCUCCUGCUCCACGGAGCCGAGCGGCUGGAAGCCAACCUGGAGAAGGUCCUGGUGGCCCUGAAAUCCAACCGCUCUCCAACAGAGCUGGAAGCCCUGGGAUCCCAACUGCUCGAUGAUGUCAUCGCUGACUGCAGCCUGAAGCUUCCGGAUGUCCUGGGGAAGGCAUCUAGCACCCACCUGGAUCAGAACCUUUUCCGCUUCCGGAGCACCCACCUGGAGCAGAUCCUGAAGGUGGCCCUGAGGCUCAAGCACGAGAAUUCCAGCCUUUCCCAAAUCCUGGAUCAGGCUGAGGAUUGGCUCUGCCGGCUCCGGGCCAUGGCGGAGGAGCCCCAAAACAGCCUCCCAGACAUCGUCAUCUGGAUGCUCCAGGGGGACAAACGCGUGGCCUUCGCCCGCAUCCCGGCCCACCAGGUCCUGUAUUCCCGGAACAUCUCCAACUGCUGCGGCCGGAACUGCGGGAAGCUCCAGACCAUCUUCCUCAAGUACCCGCAGGAGGAGGCGAUGGGGCCACGGAUCCCGGCGCAGAUCCGGGUGCGGCUCUGGUUUGGAUUGGCCGUGGAUGAGAAGGAAUUCAACCAAUUCGCCGAGGGAAAACUCUCAGUCUUCGCUGAAACUUACGAGAACCAGACCAAGCUGGCGCUGGUGGGGAACUGGGGCACCACUGGCCUCACUUAUCCCAAAUAUUCCGACGUCACCGGCCGGAUCAAGCUUCCCAAGGACAGCUUCCGGCCUUCCGUGGGAUGGACCUGGGCUGGGGAUUGGUUCGUCUGCCCGGAAAAGACGCUGUUGCACGACGUGGACGCCGGACACCUGAGCUUUGUGGAGGAGGUGUUUGAGAACCAGGUCCGGCUUCCCGGAGGGCAGUGGAUCCACAUGACCGAUUCCUACACGGAUGUGAAUGGGGAGAAGGUCCUGCCCAAGGAUGAGAUCGAGUGUCCUCCAGGCUGGAAGUGGGAAGACGUGGAAUGGGAUACAGAUCUCAACAGGGCUGUGGAUGAGAAAGGCUGGGAAUACGGGAUCACGAUCCCGCCGGAGCGCAAGCCCAAGGCCUGGGUGCCAGCGGAGAAGAUGUUCCACACCAACCGGCGCCGGCGCUGGGUGCGGCUCCGCCGGCGCGACCUGGAGCACAUGGAAGCCAUGAGAAAGCACAAGCAGGAGGAGCUGGAUGGGGACGGUUGGGAAUACGCUUCCCUCUUUGGCUGGCGCUUCCACCUCCAGCAGCGCCGCUCCGACGCCUUCCGCCGGCGCCGCUGGAGACGCCGGAUGGAGCCUUUGGAACGCACCGGCCCUGCUGCCGUCUUCGCCUUGGAAGGGGCUCUGGGAGGAGUGACGGACGACAGGAGCGACGAUGGAAAAUCCGACGGAAAAUCCGACGGAAAAUCCGCGUCCACCCUGAGCUUUGGAGUCAACAGACCCACGAUCUCCUGCAUUUUUGACUCCGGGAACAGAUUCCACCUGCGCUGUUACCUGUACCAGGCGCGGGAUCUCAUAGCCAUGGACAAGGACAGCUUCUCCGAUCCCUACGCCAUCGUCUCCUUCCUGCACCAGAGCCAGAAGACGGUGGUGGAGAAGAACACCCUGAAUCCCACCUGGGAUCAGACCCUGAUCUUCUACGAGAUCGAGAUUUUCGGGAAUUCUCGGGAUGUGGCCGAGUCCCCUCCCAACAUCCUGGUGGAAAUCUACGACCACGACACCUACGGUGCGGAUGAAUUCAUGGGACGCUGCAUCUGCCGGCCCAGCUUGGAGCGCUCGCCUCGGCUUUCCUGGUAUCCCGUCCUCAAAUCCGGCCGGAAUGUCGGUGAGCUCCUGGCUGCCUUCGAGCUGAUCCAGAGGGAAAAGCCGGCUGUUCAUCACAUCCCUGGAUUUGAGAGCGAGCUCUCCUCCAGCCUGGACGAGCUCUGCAUCCCUGCCUUGUUCUCGGAGGGGCUCCUCCAAUGGUCCGCGGAUUCCGACCUUCCGUAUCCGCCGCCGCAGCGGGAGCCCAACGUUUACGUGGUCCCGCAGGGAAUCAAACCCGUCCUGCAGCGCACGGCCAUCGAGAUCCUGGCCUGGGGCCUGAGGAACCUGAAGAGCUUCCAGCUGGCCAGCGUGACCUCGCCCAGCCUGCUGGUGGAGUGCGGGGGACAGCGCGUCCAGUCCAGCGUCAUCAAGAACGUCAAGAAGAACCCCAACUUCGACGUCUGCGUGCUCUUCAUGGAAGUGCGCCUGCCCAAGGAGAGCCUCUACAGCCCACCCAUCAUCCUGAAGAUCAUCGACAACCGCCCCUUCGGCCGGAGACCCGUGGUGGGACAGUGCACCAUCCGCUCCCUCCAGGAAUUCUACUGGGAUCCCUUCCAGCAGGACACGGGAACGUCCCCGGAGCAGCCGGAUGAUGUCAGCCUCACGCCCAGGGACGACGUCCUCAUCGACAUCGAUGACAAAGAGCCCCUGAUCCCCAUCCAGCUUUCCGAGGGUUUGACGAGCUCUGCGCUAAUUAACAUCCCGGAUUCCCGGGCCCUGCCUCAUGAGGAGGAAUUCAUUGACUGGUGGAGCAAAUUUUACGCUUCCACGGGAGAGAGGGAAAAAUGCGGAUAUUACUUGGAAAAGGGAUUUGACACUUUGAAGGUCUACGAGACAGAGCUGGAAAAUGUUGAGGAAUUUGAGCACCUCUCCGACUUCUGCCACACCUUCAAACUGUUCCGGGGGAGAUCCCAGGAUUCCAACGACGACCCCUCGGUGGUCGGGGAAUUCAAGGGUUCUUUCAGGAUUUAUCCUCUUCCCGACGAUCCGCGGGUUCCGGUGCCUCCCCGGCAAUUCCAGCAGCUCCCGGCCAGAGGACUCCAGGAAUGUCUGGUCCGGGUUUACGUCAUCCGCGCCUUCGGCCUCCAGCCCAAGGAUUCCAAUGGGAAGUGUGAUCCCUACGUGAAGAUUUCCGUGGGAAAGAAAUCCAUAAAUGACCAGGAAAAUUACCUUCCCUGCACCCUGGAGCCUGUCUUUGGGAAUUUGACCUCUUCCCAAUCCAACCCAUUCCAUAAUUCCGUGGUUCUGUUUGGUUUCAGCUCCGGCCCCAACCAGUGGCGAGACCAACUCCGCCCUUCCCAGCUGCUCCACCUUUUCUCCCUGCAGCACAACUACAAAGCUCCCACCUACAAAUCCGACCGGAUCAUCUUCCGGGAUCAGGAAUACGUCCUCUCUGAGCUGGAAGAUGGAAAACCCCCAAAUCCGCACCUGGGCCCGGUGGAGGAGCGGCUGGCCCUGGCCGCGCUCUGGAAGCAGGGAUUGGUUCCGGAGCACGUGGAGACGCGGCGCCUUUACAGCCCCCUCCAGCCGGACAUCGAGCAGGGAAAGCUCCAGAUGUGGGUGGAUCUGUUUCCCAAAUCCCUGGGACAUCCCGGCCCCCCUUUCAACGUCACUCCACGCAAAGCCAAGAGGUUCUACCUGCGCUGCAUCAUCUGGAAUGCCAAGGAUGUGAUCCUGGACGACCUCAGCAUCACCGGGGAGAAGAUGAGCGACAUCUACGUCAAAGGGUGGCUGGUGGGACAUGAGGAGAACAAGCAGAAGACGGACGUCCACUACAGAUCCAUGGGAGGAGAAGGGAAUUUCAACUGGAGAUUCAUCUUUCCCUUCGAUUAUCUCCCAGCGGAGCAGAUGUGCCACGUGGCCAAGAAGGAACACUUCUGGAGCUUGGACAAGACGGAAAACAAGAUCCCACCGCAGUUGAUCCUCCAGAUCUGGGACAACGACAAGUUCUCCUUCGAUGACUAUUUGGGAUCCAUCCAGAUGGAUCUCAACAGGAUGCCCAAGCCUGCCAAGACGGCGGAAAAAUGUUCCUUGGAUCUCGUGGAUAAUUCCCUGUCCUCCGGGCGCUCCGUGUCCCUCUUCGAGCAGAAAACCGUCAAGGGCUGGUGGCCCUGUGUGGCCGAGCAGGAGCAGCAGAAGAUCCUGGCGGGCAAACUGGAGAUGACUUUGGAAAUCGUGGCGGAACAGGAGCACGAGGAGCGUCCGGCCGGGAUGGGACGGGAUGAGCCAAACAUGAACCCCAGGCUGGAGGAUCCCAAGCGUCCCGAGACCUCCUUCCUGUGGUUCACGUCCCCGUACAAGACGCUGAAGUUCAUCCUGUGGCGCCGCUACAAGUGGCUGCUGCUCCUGGCCAUCCUCCUCUUCGUCCUGCUGCUUUUCCUGGGAAUCUUCGUCUACGCCUUCCCGAACUACGCUGCCAUGAAACUGGUGAAACCUUUCAACUGAAGCUGCUCCCGUGCCUGCCUGGGAAUUUGGGGAAGGAAUUUUCCCUCUGGAAGUGGAGAAGGAACGACCUCAUCCAGGCCUCCAGCU